UUAAAAAUAAAUUAGCAUCGCUUAGCGUGCAGCGUCGUGGCGAGUUAAAUUGAAACCGGCCAGUGCACUCGGAGAAUUUGCGCCGGUCGUGUCGGUCGAUCGUGUGUGCGUGCGUUGGAAGUCGAUUCUCGACCACCGUCUAUUCCGUUCCAACUCGAAUUCGUCUCUGUCGUCCGCUUAUUCGACGAGUGACGCGCGAUCGAAAACACGUGCGAGCGAUUCUUGUGUUUUACGACGUCGUGCAGUGAAAUCAGUUCCAGUAUUAUCUACGCAUAAAUGUGCGCGAACGAGGAACGAACCUAACCUCCAAAGCCCGCAGUUUCACCUCUGUUUCUCGAGGUAGCGCUGCUAUUUCUUACGUUUAUGCCUCACGUUUCUUGCUUCUGUUGCUAACGUACAUAUCUUUCGAUUUACAACUCUGAUGUGUUCUUUUUUACGUAUAAAUUGUUACUUCGUGCGCGAAAAACAUCGAAGGGUGCAUUUAGAUCGAGCGAGCGAAUACUCCUCUGAGAAAUUUGAAUGCAGUCGAGCAUUCUUACGGUGCUCGGUCAUUUGCGAUCAACGUGAACGAAUGCUCUAACAAUAGGCGCGCAGACUCGUCGAAUCAGUUCGGCAUAAUUCGAUUUGAUUCGAUACUUACUCGGUUCGGUUCAAUUCGACUUGGUAUGAUUCAAUUUGAUUUGACUUGACUGUAUUUAAUUUGACUUGAUUCGAUUCGAUUCUAUGUGAUUCAAUUUGACUUGACCUGACUCAACACGAUUCAAUUCACCUUAUCGAGCAUUCGGACGCGCGACUUGAAACGAACAAUUCGCUCUUUCACGGGAAACGAGCAUGAUCGAAUGCUCUUGCUCGGCAACUCUAAACGCACCCGAAGAAUAUUUCGAAUGAUGUUCGAAGAACUGCGUGACGAUGUUGAACAGUGUUUGUGCUGAUGAAAAGAAUUUUCGUCACUUGUUGCUGUAAUUCAUGAUUCGAGAAAUGAUAUAAUUAGUGAUCAACACAUGCAUAAGUGAUUUGCAAUGACUACGAUGCAAUACAUGUUAUGAUGUGUCGACGUAUAACCCCCCGAAGAAUUCGACCGUCGUGUAUCAUCGUUCCUUUUAUCUGCUCGUUAUUGCGUCAUUAAUACACGCGAAGGAAUAUACGUCUGUUCGUCGUAACCUUGCGCGCUUCGCAUCAUUGACCUCUUCACGUUCUAGCAAAAAUAUAAAUUGAAUGAUGUGUCACUGGUGCAAGCAAAAACACGUGGACUGUUCUUGUUUUUCACUUUCGCAUACAAACAUUUUAGUGUAUUUAUUUAUGAACGUUCCUUAAUAUGGUACUCUGUGCCAAUAAAUAUGUUCAACGUGGUCUUUAUUUCUUUUGCACCUUAUGCAAUGUUUCCCUUUUUCUGGUGUUCAUAGGUCAGUUGCUAGUAAUAUGUAUAUUUAUAUGCUAUAAGACAUGUUGGUGAGGCAGCCUUAAGGUGAAAUGUUCCGUAGUUUACCGGAUAAGGUGGCAGGGCUAUAUUAUGCCCAUGGCCUAUUCUGUUCUUCUUAUCCUGUUGCAGUUAUUUCGUUAGCAAUAUCGAUCGUAUUGCUAUGUUGUUAUCCUUUGGUCAAUUUACCUAUGCCUGGCAAUGUGCCAAGAGCUGUAAUCAAUCAUACUAUUGUACCUGAAAAUAGCACGGAGAAUUCUGCAUUCUACGUUCAACAAGUGGUAUUAAGGGUCGGUGUUAUUCCAUGGACAGAGGAAUUAACAAUGAUGGAUGCUUUCCGGGGUCCACUUUAUGAAGUUUUUAAUCUUUUAGAGAUUAUACAAAAUUAUCAGCAUCCUGAAACGUUGAAAACACUUGACCAAGUAUGUUUACAUGUUGAAGCUGUUAAAAGAAAUGGCAAAAAAUCAGAAAUUUUGCCAGAAUAUAAUUGUCUGGUUCUUUCCCCUGCUAACUUGUGGCAACGAAGUAUCGAAUUAUAUGCACAAGAUACAAAUCUUAUAAAUACAAUUUAUUCAUAUCAGAAUCUACAAAAGGGUAAAGUUAGUUUAGCUGAAGUAAUGUUUGGAAUGAAUCUGAAAGAAACUGGAAUCAAACGAUAUCCUAGUCGUCUUCGACAAAGAAUUUUACAAUAUGCAGUAACUAUUUAUUUAAAGGAUUAUGAUCCUGACUUUAUAAAAGGCUUAAAGCACAGAUUAAAAACAUAUUACCACCUCCAUCAAGUAGGUGACAAUGAUACUUACGAUCGCAUGGACGAAACGUUACACAUCUUUUACCCUGGUGAAUUCAAUUACAGUGACUUUUUCCCGCUAAUGAUGACAUUCUUUGCAUUGUUUUUUUACGUCUAUUUCUCCGUGCGAAAAAUAGAAAUGAUAAAGUCAAAAAUUGGCAUAGCGUUCAGUGCAACAGUAACAGUGAUAAGUUCGUUAUCUAUGACUGUGGGUGUAUGCUUUUUUUUUGGCUUAACGUUAAGUUUAAGUGGAAAAGAGGUAUUCCCAUAUUUGGUGAUUAUCGUAGGGCUGGAAAAUGUUUUGAUAUUGACCAAAAGCGUAGUGAGUACUCCAUCACAUUUGGACGUGAAAAUACGCGUUGCCCAAGCACUGUCCAAAGAAGGUUGGUCCAUUACCAAAAACCUACUAACGGAAGUAACGAUAUUGACAAUUGGAUUGUUCACUUUUGUGCCAGCCAUUCAAGAAUUCUGUAUAUUUGCUAUUGUGGGAUUAGUCACUGAUUUCUUCCUUCAGAUGGUGUUUUUCUCAACUAUCCUUGCUAUCGAUAUCAAACGUACCGAACUAUCUAGUGAAACAUCGAAAUUUCAUUUACCAAAUGUUCCGGCUAUGCGCAAACAACAAUUUACGACAACCAUAACAAACAGAAAGCCAAACAUCUUUCGAUCAAAGUCGCAUCCGAGAUUAAAUGGCUUGACCAGUGGCCCCACAAAUGUCAUAGCUCCAAACACGCAAAACACUCAUACACUAGGAAAAAUUCCGAAACGUCUACGUCUGGUUCAUUUCUGGGCAAGAACCCGGAUAUUUCAACGUGCCUUCAUGGUAUGGAUGGUUGUUUGGAUCAGCAUGAUCAUAUACAAUUCUGGCAUUGUUGAGCAUGUUAUACAUUUAAGUGAAACAUUGAAGUUGGAAUCUGACAUUGAUGGAUAUACUGUAGAUAGAUCUCAUACUUUAAAUAAUUAUGUUGAACCAAAUACAAUGAGACCAUUAUCAGUUCCCUCGGUUGCGGUUAUUCCGGACCACUUAAAUAAACAGAAUGACCUAAACAAUAUUACCGAAGAACUAAAUAAAUUACGACCGGUGGAUUUUCCGCCUUGGAAUCGCUUGUCGCUAUACCACUGGUCUUCUGUUCUCUCGAUGUACAACAUUUCUGCUGCUGGCGGGCGUAUUACAAUACUACCAGCAGUGAAAAUAUCUCAUGCUGUAAGUCCACAGUUGGUCAAACAAAUCAGCAAUCCAAACGAUGUGCAACAUUUCCAGUGGCAAAGUCUUGCAACAGCUGCACUUGAUCCGUUAGACUUCUCAGACAUGGAAUUGCCAACAAGAUCCGAAGGUCGAAGUUUCAACGCGGACGCCCCUUUCAUCCCAUCCAGUCCAAUGGAGAUAUUCUUGGCAGCAGUACUCUGUCUUAUCAGCGUCAUCGUCGUUGCUUAUACAAUGGUAGUUCUCUACCGUUGUAUAUGUUCAAGAAACUAUGCCGAAUGGCGAGCUAGCUGGUACCAAUCAGAGAAAGCACACGAUUCAGCCACGCAACUAGUUCUGGAAGCAUUGCCACUGGUGCUGGAAGGACACACUCAAGAAGUAGAAUGCCUCGCAACAGACAGUAACACAAUUGCCAGUACUUGCUUAGCUGGCCACAUCAGGGUGUGGGACGCGACGUCAGGCGAACAGUUAGUUCACAUAGAUAGGAAGCAAUUUUUUAGCAGUCCCAAGAAAAACCUAAAUCAUGUGCCAUCAGACAUGGACGAAUUAAUGUCAGAUUAUGAAAGUGGUUCGCCUCCUUCGAGGGGGGAAAUGGAGGGUACUAAUUCGUUCGGUCUAUACUCGGCAGCCUCGACUGUUCAAUGCAGAAAGUCUUCGCCUGUCUACAACGUUCAUAAGGCACAAAAUACUAUUAGAAAUCACUCGAUGGGUGGCUCGUUUGAUUACGAUUAUCAGAUCAACGAAUUUGGCGUGGAAAAAAGACGAAACGUACGCAGGUCUUUAGACAAUGACUAUGAUAUUCCGGAUCUGAAGUCAGCGAUAAAUAUCAAGUUCUCAACCAUGCAACAGCCUUCAUCGCAGCAGAACUACGAGCACGGAUUCGAUUUUGGUGAUCAAUAUAAGCAACUGUUCGAGGAACACAACAAAUCUAUAGAAGAGAUGCAGAAGUCGGAGAGUUCCGAACACUUGUACAUUCCUAAUGGGAAAUUGAAUUCUUCGGGGUUGGUGAAUAGUAUGUCUUCGUUGAGUACUGAUAGAACUGUGCAGAUUAUGCAUUCGGUGUCUUCCAUAUGGUGUAUGGAUUAUCAGGAGAAUCUGAUAGUAGUGGGAUGUGCAAAUGGAAGUUUAGAAUUUUGGGAAGGUACCACAGGAAGAUUCAAGUGUUUAUUUGACGAUGGUUCAGGGCUCGGAAUAUCCGCUGUCAAGUUUGUCGGAAGUAGAGUCGUGGCGGCCAAGUUGAACGGUUCGAUCGACUUCCUACAGCUUGAAAGUUACAGCGAAGGUCAACAAAUUGACUGGGGAUUCACUUCAUAUAGGAGAACCCAUGUUAGGACGGGUAGUGCUGGGUCGCCUAUGGACAUAAACAACAUCAUGCAACCGGAGGACCUUCGGUGCAUGAAAAUCAGUUCUCACAAAGCACAUCAACAAGCAAUAACAGUGCUCGAUAGCGAAGGUGGUCGAGUUUUAACUGGUAGUCAAGAUCAUACUCUUAAAGUAUAUAGGUUAGAAGAUCAGUUGCCAUUGUAUACCCUUCAUGGUCAUUGCGGACCCAUAUCGUGUCUCUUCAUUGACAGGAUGAGUCCCAUGACAUCUGGUAGUGGAUCUCAAGACGGCUUGUUGUGCGUUUGGGAUCUCCUAACGGGAACGUGCAUGUAUAGUAUACAGGCUCACGAUGGUGCCGUGGCAGCUAUUACUUGUUCCGUGUCGUAUGUGAUAAGCAUUGGAACUGAUGAGAGGUUAUGUGUGUGGGAACGAUUUCAGGGACAUUUAUUACAUGCUCUUCCAGCACACAGAUCAGCGUACAGUCUACAAUUAGUCAUGUUAACACAUCAUCUACUCAUAACCAGUAAUCAGGGAUCACUAAUAGUUUGGGACGUCAGGACGGGAGAGCCUGUACGAGAAGUAAGAUUGGGUCACAAGGAUAGUUGUAUUUUCAUAAAACAAAUGUUAGUUUUAAGGGAUAGCGUAGUAUGCGAUUUCGGGCGACAAUUACGCAUAGUCAGAUUCCCGUUGGUCUCUGAUAAACUAGAUUAAGAUCUGUAUAUUGCACGUUAUACAUAUUGCUGUUUCAUCUUGUUUCUUCUUUCUUAUUUAAUUUUUAACAUUCGAGCAGAAUCCUACGCUUUUGGGGGGAUAUCGAAAUUUUUACAAAUGUACAUUUUAUAUUUUAAAAAACGUCGUAUACGCACUUUCGGUGCGCGAACUUUUUACAUUUACGACUACGUCAUAGUCGCGCCUUAAUAUUUAUAGUCUAUCAUGACGAUUAAAAGGAAAAGAAGUACGUAAUGAAAAUUUUUAAUCGACGGAAGAUUAUUAAAUCGAUACUUGAGGUACGAAAGCACCGUGAGGAACGUAAAGCUGAAGACAAUGAACACUCGUGAUACGAAAAAGAUCCAUAUUUUUUAGAUAAUCGAGUAAUCCGGUAUCUCUGUUCAUUGUCUGAAAGAAAAAUAAGAAUGGCUGUGCUAUUUUUCGAGGCAUGCGUAUUGUUUUUGCGCCGCGAUUUAGCAGCAUUUUCAUAUUAUAUUCUAUUUAAGAGGUUUCAGAGGUUAAGCCGAGAAAUAGAAGCUCUGCAUUUGUUAAACCGGUGCUGCUUAACACGGACGUGCUGGAAUUUCACGUCUGUGUUGUAAAAUCAAGUACAUAAAAGAAAUUUAUUUACUAAAAAGAUUAUAUAUAUAUUAAAUGGAUCGGUUUAUCAAAAGACCAUAUAGGGGUCAAAAGUUUAAUCGAGUCCCAUUAAAACAUUAAAAUUUAACGAUCGACGUAUGAGUGUAUUAGUAAGUUUUCAUUCUUUCUCUUUGUUAUUCUGUUACCUGCAUCACGGUCUAACAGAGUGCCUUCAUUCUAC